CCGGGAUAUAUCCGGGCAUCCUCCAAAACCUGGAAGUGUUUUUUUGACAUUUGUGCACAGAAAGCUGUGGUAUAAUGCAUUUAACUUGGAUUUCAUUUAUAUUCAUGCGGUGUUAUUCUAGGUAGUUAUAGGUCAUGUCUGGGAAAAUGAAAAAGAUUCGUGGCAUGUUGGACGGGCUUCGGCAGUCGGUUGGCAGUUCUUCGCCAAAAUCAGAAACCGAAAUCGAAGAAACUCUGCGGUCAGAAGAUCUCCAAGUGUGCAAGACUGUUCGACAUGGUUUUCCCUACCAGCCAACUUCAGUUGCAUUUGAUAAUGUACAAAACAUCUUGGCCAUUGGAACAAAAUCAGGAUCACUUCGAAUACUGGGUCAGCCAGGCGUUGAUCUUCACUGCCACCACGGAAGCGAAGUCGCGGUUCAACAAAUCCUGUUCCUUAUUAAUGACGGUGCACUUGUCACUUGUUGUUCUGAUGACAGUCUACAUUUAUGGAACUUCAGACAAAAACGACCAGAAAUUGUACAUUCCUUAAAAUUUCAAAGAGAAAGAAUAACUUAUUGUCAGCUAUCAUUCCAAAGUAAAUGGUUAUAUGUUGGGACUGAACGUGGGAACAUACACAUUGUCAAUAUCGAGUCUUUCAUGCUAUCUGGAUAUGUCAUAAAUUGGAACAAAGCCAUUGAACUUUCUCGUAAGACACAUCCAGGUCCUGUCUUACAUUUGAGUGACAAUCCAUUAGACCCGGGAAAGUUACUGGUAGGAUUUGAAUCUGGAGCCAUUGUCCUGUGGGACCUCAAAAAUAAAACAGCAGACUUUAGAUACCAAGCGCAUGAGUCACUACGUUCUAUAACAUGGCAUCAUGAGGGUAAACAGUUUAUGUCGUGUCAUACAGAUGGCAGUCUUCUAACGUGGAAUAUUAAGUCUCAAGGAAAACCAGUCAGUAUUAUUACACCUCAUGCAAAAGUUGGGAAAGAUGGGCGGCCGGAUGCUUGUAAAGCUAUAACCAAAGUGGAAUGGAAAUCAUCACGAACUGGGUUAGGCCGAUGGCUAAGGUUCAUAACUAGUGACCCUCUGAUAAUUUUUUCUGGCGGGAUGUCAUAUGAUCGUGCAGGACGUACACCUUGUAUAACUGUGAUGUCUGGUAAAAAUACCACUGUACUCGAGAUGGAACAUACCAUCAUAGACUUCGUUGUCCUAUGUGAAACCCCUUGGCAAAAUGAUUUCCAAGACCCUUAUGCAAUUGUUGUGUUAUUACAGAAUGACCUAGUUGUUAUUGAUCUCACUUCUCCUGGGUAUCCUUGUUUUGAGAACCCUUACCCUAUGGAUAUUCACGAGUCCCCUGUUACAGCGUGCCAAUAUUUUGCAGACUGUCAGACUGAUCUUAUACCAGCCCUUUAUUCUGUGGGAUCUUCUAAACACAAACGAACAGGAUUUAGUGAAAAGGUAUGGCCAAUCAAGGGUGGACAGUGGGGCACAGCAACCAGCAGCUACUCGGAGAUUAUUGUAACAGGACAUGCAGACGGCUCCCUUAAGUUCUGGGAUGCAUCUGCUGUAACAUUGCAAGUGUUGUAUAAAGUCAAAACUGCCAAAAUAUUUGAGAAACCGAAGAAUAAAGUGCUAGAUGGACAGGAUGAUGACCCUUUUGCUAUAUAUAUGAUAUAUUUAGAUCAAGAAAGUCGAUUGUUAACAUUGGCUGGAGCCACACAUGUGAUGCUGUUUAAAUUUUCUAAACAAGAAGCGUCAUUAGAAGUACCAUCAUUAGAGGUAUCAAUAGUAUAUGAAGUGUUUGAUGACCUGGAUUCUCCUGACCUAGAUUACCCGAAACCAAGUCUGGGUGUGGCGACACAGCAACAUAGUGGCAGUGUGGGCUCAUACUCCAGUAAUACUUCAGAUAGCACCAAAACUUCCAAACCUAGUUUAAGUGUAUUAUCCCAGCAACAAAAAUCGGGCGGGAGUAUGGGGUCAUACUCCUCCGACAGUACCAAACCAGAACAGAUUACAGCAUUACGGGUGAGGAGUGGGGCGCGGAAAUGGGUAGCUGGGUACCAGCCAGACAUUGUGUGCCUGUUGACCUGGAUGGACAGUGAGCACCCAGGCAAUAUAACCAGUAUAUCUAUCAACUCUUCAUAUGGUCUGUUAGCAUUUGGUAAUGAAUCAGGCUUGGCUAUAGUAGAUAUUAUUCAGAAAACAUGUCUGCUCAACCUCGGAACACCCGACUUGUAUGGUUCUAUGGAUCCGUACCAACGGGCCCCACGCUCACCCAGGGGCAAGAAGCCCAUGCAGCCCCAGGCUCUAGAUGGGAGUAAUCCUGCACUUAAUGACGAAGGGGCGCGGUCUCCAACCAGUGAUCAACCUACUUCUCCUGAUGCCUUAAGUCCAAUAGCACCCCCGCGGAAGAAGCGCCAUAGCAAACAAAUGUUGAUCUUGAAUGAUUCAAAAUCUCAUCGGAAAAAUGACACUGGACCUCAGACUGCCCCACCAACAGCAACCUGUUUUGAUUAUAGCGAUUUUUCGUCACAUAACAAAGAUCUUUCAGAUAGUUCAACUGCGACGUCUCCAAUGGAGCCAUCUCCGGGUGUUGUCAUUAUUCCUCCAACUCCACUCACAGCUCGGAAAGAAUCGGAUACAGAAAAACCAAGUGAAGGUAAAAGCAUAGAGGUACUGUCGCCAGGAGUGAAAAAGACUUUGACAGGGAGAACAUCAUCUUUGCCUCUCGUACCUGCAGAGGAUAAUGAUAAAAGCAAUAUUAACGACAAAACAAAGUCAAAAUCUCAUGAUAAUAUCUUAAGUACCGAGGCUAGCAUUGUAAAUAGUAAAGAAGAUACUAUUCAUGUAAAAAUUAUGGACGCAGACCAUGAUUCUAAACAUCACCAUCAUAGUCAUAAAUACUCAAUUAAGAAAUUUAAGCAAAGGUUUAGGCAUGGUAAAAAGCGAGACAAAAGCGCCGAACGAAGUCGUAAACAUUCUAGUGAAAACGAAAGCGAGACACAUUCAGAAAAUGAGAGUUGUUCUCAUGAUGAACUAGCAAGCCAAGGAAGUAGAUCGGAGAAUGAUGAAUCCCUAUUGACAGAUGAUGACUUGAAUGCUGGGGGUGAUGAUGCAGCGUUUACGUCUGAAAAGAAAAACGGAUUCUUUAGGAGGAUGAGUGUAAAGGUUAAACAACUUGUUCUUAGACAUGAUGAUGAAGAAGAAAGUGAAAUGGAAAAGAAGUUAAAGAAAAGAGAAGAACGAAUUGUUACAGUUAAUGAUCUAACUGAAGAUAAUAACAACUCAAAACCAUUGUUUAAUAAAAUGACAGUGAAAGAGUUGGUGCACGGUCCACAGGUGGUGUACCUCAAACCAGAUUCAAGUGCCUCUGACAAGAACGAUGGGUCGUCAUUUUCUCGAUCUCGAAGUUCCAGCAUGUCCAGUCUCGAGAACGUUUCCAAGGAAGCCAUACAGUGUCUUGUCUUUGCUGAUUCAUAUACUCGCAAAUUUGAUAAUUUUACAAGCCCUUGUUUAUGGGUGGGGACAAGCCUAGGCUCAGUGUUGGUGAUAGUGCUAAAUCUUCCUCCAUCGGGGGAGCAGCGGUUGUCUCAACCAGUGAUAGUUUCACCUAGUGGAACCAUAUUCCGGUUAAAAGGUGCCAUCCAGUGUAUGUCGUUUCUUGACUGUAACGGAAUGAUCAUACCAACUGUCACGUCCGGUGCGUGGAGAGAUUCAGUGAAAGAAGAUCAGGCUAAAAACUCCAAAACACAAAAUACAACACCUCAAAAAUUAAAGAUAUCACCAAGUUCUUCAACAGAAGUUACAGACAGACAGUUUGCAAUCAUAUGUUCAGAAAAACAAGCAAGAGUUGUUUCCUUACCAUCACAGACAUGUCCUUACAAGGCAAGAAUAUCUGAGUCAUCCUUUAUUAUAAAGGCUGAUGUUGUUAAUCUCAGGGGUGAGAGUGUAUGUUUGGCAUGUUACGUUGCCAACGGACACAUCAUGGUGUACAGUCUACCUAGUCUCAAACUGCUGCUUGACGUCGAAUUUCUUGCUCUCACAGAUCUAAGAGUUGCAAGGACUUUCUGUUUUAGUAACCAUGGACAUGCAAUGUAUAUGUGUUCACCAACAGAACUACAAAAAAUAACAUACUCUGCUGACUUUUGUGAUAACCUGAAUGAGAUGUUGGGAGAGCUUUUCUUGCCUACAGAAACACCUGAUGCACCCAAACAGAGCUUCUUCAAGAACUUGUUUGGUGGAGGACCCUCAGCACUAGACAGAGAAGAACUUUUUGGUGAGGGGAGUGGUAAGAGUGCACGUGGUACAGCAACCAGGGUACCAGGGACUGGUGGCAUGCAGAACCUACAGGCGCAGGCGCAAGCAGCAGUAGGUGGGGAAGUGGGUAGAGCCAGACUGCUACUGGGUGAGAGAGGAGAGAAGUUAGCUGGAGUAAGUGAUAGAACUGAGGAAAUGGCAUUGCAGGCAGAGGCUUACGCUAACACUGCUCAUUUACUUAUGCAGAAAUACAAGGACAAAAAGUGGUACCAGUUUUAAUGCAAGACUUGAAAUAGUACAAGACUUGAAAAUUGGCUGGAAACCAGUGAAAGAACAGUGAUAUUCACAUAUACUGUGCUAAUAGUUUAUAAUCACGAGAAGCCUGUGCUGGCUCUGUGGAAUUGAGAAAGAUUUGUGUUAGAAUUGUAACCAGAACAAUAGAUGGCUUGUAUUAGAACACGAUUGUGUUUGUGAAAAGUGGACGGAAAACCUGAAAAUUAGAACUGUUUUACAAACAGUCUUUACCCUAGUGAUUAAAGAGGCUUUGUUCACUGCACUGUAGUGAUAGAGACUUUUCCUCUAAAGCUCUUACUCAAUGUCCGAUUUAUUUUAAACGCGUUUGCGAGGUUUUUGCCGCGUAUAAUGCAAGUACGCAAAGGUUUUAAUAGAAGUGAUACUCUGUCAAAACAGAGUACCGAGAGCAAGGUGCUGACUUUGAUAUUAUACUCACAUAUGUAAAUAUACUUUAUCUAAUGCAAGAAGGAACAUUACAGAUGUUUGAAGUAAGAUGGGUAAAAACCUACACGUAUUUCUGACAGAAUGUUGACCUUCGUGCAACAUUCCGCUUAACUGUUGAUAGUGAAUGCUUUUACAAUUUUUUUAAAGUAGAAGUUAUACAUGGUUUGUAUUUACCUGCUAAAUAAUGUACACCUACCAUUGUUUGAAUCAGUCAUCACAAAGUUUUGUGUUACGAAUUGUAGUGAUGUUCAUAUAAUUAGAUGUAGGCUGCACCAUUUAAUGAUUGCACCCAGUCAGCCAUUAUGAAUGACUCAAACCCAGUUAUUGUUAGUUUUGGCCUAAAGCUUUAAUAACAGAAUUAUUGUUAUAUUUUUGAGCGUCUUUCUUUAUUUCUCGUUAGAAUGCAAAGCUAUUGUAUGUCUAUUAUACUCCUGUUUACGAGAAGUUUUGCACUGCAGCUACAGAUUAGUCCUGACUUGACAGAAAGAGAGUUUCUAGGCUGAGCUUACUGUUGGAUCCACCAGAUCUGUAACUAGUUUUUUGUGCAGCAGGUCCGUUAUACAGUCUUUGGUGAAUUUCUUAUUUAUUUUUCAUGAUCUAGAUAAAAGAUAUUUAUCAUUUUACAGAUUUCUUUGGAGUGGUAGCAGGAUCAUUUCGACUAUAUGUUAUAUUGAAGCAUGUUAACUUCAUAGGCAACAAUGUUAUUUUUCAAGUUGCAAUUUAUAGCCUUAAAUUUUAAAGUAACCAAAAUAUUCUUGAGUGAUCCAUAUGGAUCCAUCUACAAAUGAGGUCAAAGUUGCAAAUUUUUCAAUAUUCAAAUGGCGGAAAUAUACAGCGGAAAAUACUUACUUGAAAGCUACUUGCCUCUAAAAUUAUCUAGUAUGUGUAGUCGAAAAACAGUUGAUUAUGACAUCUUUCAAUGAUUUUAAAAAGAUAAGAAAGUGGUUCACAGAGGUGUGUAAAAUACUUGAUUUCUGAUUGGAUCAAAACUGAUAAAAGUAGAUACACGCAAGACAUAUAGGUAAAUCAAGGUAAAUAUAUAUUUAAUGAAAGGCAUCCUUGAAAAUAUCCUUUCAAAAAACUUUUCUUUUAGAUUGACUCAUAUUAUUUACACAAAAUUUUUAUUACUUCUCUGGUCUCUUUAGAAUGAUAUAUAUAUGGUAUUGUCAUGUAUUUAAAGAGAAAUCAAGGAAAAACUUUGUUUCUUAAAAAGUGGAUCAAACAGGAAUAUAUUAUCUUGGCCUUUUAUUUUUGAAGAGCUAUAACAUGGAUAAAUCGUGUGUCAACUAGGCUGUCAGGUCAGUAAGUUUGGGGCACAAAGAGUGUAACUGUUACAGAGAAUGCUACUUUUUCUUAAAUUGAUGUAUGUGACUAUUCUAUUAAUAGUACUCUUGCAAAGUCACAUGACUGAUAUGUUCUAUUUAUAGUGCAUGUAACAGGUGUUUUAAGAAUGACAGCAUGUGAAAAGUGUGUUCACUAUUGUACCACAGGUAGUUUUCUAUUUAUAGUAACACUGAGACUGCAUUUAAACAUGUUUAUAGUAGUACCAGAAUUCAUAUGCGAGGUGUGUCAAAUUGUGUAAGAUUUAGACAUUUGUGUGUUACAAUUCAAUGUCACCCUAUACAGUUAAUGAAUAUUUGUUGUGUGCGAUCCUUGAAUCAUUUCACAUCAUUGAAUAUUUGUUGUGUGCGAUCCUUGAAUCAUUUCACAUCAUUAAACAAAACAUCUUUUCAUCUGUGAUAGGCUCAAUAUUCUGUUGGAAUUUUCUUCCAAGACAAAAAAAACAACAAUAAACUGUUCAGUGGGAUGGAAUUUGAUAAAUGUGCUAUUUAAGAUCAGAAUUUGGUGUACUGAACUAGUACAUGUAUAGUUACAUCUGAUUGUCAUAUCUACCGCUCCAGAAGAGUAUUAAUUAUACAGGUAGAAGGAUGGUGUAUGAUACACAAGACUGCACUAGAGCACCCAAGCACGGGACUCUUGUCUGAAAGAACGUAAAAAUUUAGUUGAGAAGCAGGAGGAUCGAAUAUGCAACCCAUUGUUUUAUAGCCUUAACAUCUUACAGCUGGACUACUACAUCGCUUUUAAGAUAAGAUUGUUCUUCUGUUUGACUUGACUUUCUAUAAUAGCAUAAUAGGUCCAAUUAUAAGUGCUCACCAAGGAGUAUUUGUUUUGCAGGAAGUUUUCAAAUUCAGUUGACCCAUCACUCAUAUUGAAUCACUUAUUUCAUCUUGAUUUGACUUCCAAGCAAAUGCCACUGUGAGUGAGGUAGUUUUUCAUGAAUAUUAUGCAUCUGACUAGGUCAGAAGGUCAAAUGAAAGUUAAUAAUGAAGCUAAAAAGGCAUAUCAUCCAAUCAUGGGAGAAAAGGAAAAAUAUUUCAAUUUAUUCUACACACAGAAGACAGUUCUUAAAUUAAAGGUCCAAUACUAAGGAAAGUGAACAUUUUAAUUUCUUUUAAAAAGCACAGAAACUAUUUCAUUUUAUUGGAAAAUGAAAGUUGGUAUGUAGAAAUCUGAAAUAAAUUGCAGUAUAUGUACAAUAAUGUUUCUAUGAAGUAUGAAGAAAGUUAAAAAGACCUGGGGGGGUCAUUCUGUCGAUUCAUUGAAAUUUCAACAUAAUACACAUACAUUUCUUUGAGUUCCAAAGACCUUCUGUAAAUUUUGACCUGCCAAUCUUUAUUAUUUAGUGUCUUGCAGAAGUCUAUGCACUGGCUAUGAAAAAAAUUGCCAACUCACUUUCCCUUAGUAAUGGAUCUUUAAACUCCAUUUAAGUUGUAAAUAAUAGUUUGAUUCAAAGAAAAACAAGUAUUUAUGCAUUCUUUUUACUGGACAGAACAUUGGGAAACUGUCGACUUUGUAAAAUCGCCUUAUCAUGUCCUGGAUUGUUUUUUGCAUCUCUUAGAUUUUCUUUGAAUUUCUGCAAAGAGGAGCAGUAAUGAAUUGUCACACAUGAAAUUAGGAAACAAUUAAAAUAGUUUGAUUGAGUGCAUGGUGAUGUUUGGGGUAAGUGUGUAUUUGGGCAUUUAAUAUUUAGUUAUACUAUAUUCUAUUCAUCCUCUGAAAUUUUGUAAACAUAUGAAAUUUGUUUUGAAUUAUUGUUGAUUUUAUAUACAAAUAGUUUAUUAUUUAGUGUUCAUCUAUUAUAUUUAUUAAUAUAUUAGCAAUUAUUUAUUUUAUUACCUCAGUGCAAUUCUAUCUCUUUUUUUGUGUGUGUGAUAUUCUGUUAUCAGUGUUUGUAUGCCACAUCUGAAAUCCAGCUCGGAAACGGCCUGUUUUGUGUUUAUAUUCUGAUGAAACUGUUAGGCAUUUUGUUUGGAAAAUACUGCAUAAACGAGAGUUAGGCAUUUUGUUUAGAAAAUACUGCAUAAAAUAGGUCUACAAAUGAUAUUGUAUCAUUAUAGGGGAGAAAGAAAUUGCCUGUAUCUAGCACUUGGAAGCUUAUCGUGUUGAGGAAAUAUAUGCUUCCUUACAGAGAUAUUCAAGGUUUUUGCCUGGAACAAAUUCAGGUUAUAACGAAACUAUUUUACAAUUCUGAAGUUCAUUUUAAGAAAUCAAAUAUUUAUUACCUGCUGUAAAAUCUUAUUUUUUAGAAGGGAUUAGUUUUGGCUGUGUUCACAAACUCCAUCUUUGCAAAAAGAUGCUAUAAGUGUGAAGAUUAACAAUGAUAAUCAUUGUUACAUGUUUAUGAGGGUUAUAUUUCGUUACUGAAUUUUGUACAAUUUAUCAACUCCAGUACAAACAGGAAUUGUAAUGUUCAGAUAAGUAUAUGGCUUAUUUUCCCCAUACGUUAUUGUUCUGCUGUAACUGGGCAUGGAUUCAAAUAGGACGUUUAAAUGUUACAGGCACAAAUAUAUUCCUUAUUUAUUUUUGGCAACAAACCGGCUGAAGAAAACUCACUAUUCUGACAUUGUGGAGCAUUUGAACAAAUUGAACGGAGAUUGAACAAGUGUUAGGAAUUAAGAACAUUUCAGUUAUUACUAGCUGUUACCCACCUAUUGGUUGAUGGGUCAUUAUACCCUGAUAUUUAAAUGUGGUUUCAUGAACUUUGGCUUUUAAUUUUUUGUGAGAAAUUUUGUAACUGUGAUACAUAACUGAAAAUACCUUGCAAAUACCCAUUAAAGAACUUCUAUUCAAGACUUUGGGAGUAUUUUAUGUACAUAAAUGGUUUAACAGAAACUUGUUUAGCAAAUUAGAAGAGUUAAUUGUUUUAGAGGUAAACUAUGUAAAUAUAUAUUUAAAUGAUGAAGCAGCAGAUUUGUGCUGAGGGCAAGACACUAUGUCAUGUGAAAAUAAGGGCCAAAUUUAAUGACUCAUUCCAUGAAAGUACCAUGUAUUUUUUGUUUUUAUCUUUUCAGAAUUUACUGAAACUGCUAAUAUGUUUUUCCUGAAUGCUUUAUUUUUUUGACAUUUGUUAUGGAUUUGUUGCUUACACCUGCAAGGGCAAGAGUUGGACGUUGGAACUGUGUGGGAGAUUUGAUAGUACAGAUGUCUUGGUAAAAUAGCCAGAAGAUGUGAUAUGAGGAUAAUCUAUAGUUUAUAUGCCUCAUUAAAAAAACUAGAAGAUAAUUGUAUGAGGUAAUCUUAAGUAUAUAUGUCUUGGUAGAAUAGCCGGACAGUAUUGUACAAGAACACAUUCCUCUGUAACAUUGCCGGAAGAUAUUGUACAACGAUAAUCAAAAGUAAUUAUGCCUCAGUAAAUUGACCAGAAGAUAUUGUACUAGGCUAAUAUAAAGUAAAAUAGUCAAAAGUUAUUUAUGCAGAUAAUCUACAAGAAUAAUCUGAUAAAAUGGCCUGAAGAUAUUAUGCAAGGAUAAUCUUGAGUAUAUAUUCUUUCUUCAGAAGAUAUUGUACAAGAAUAAUGCCUCAGCAAAAUAGCUGGAAGACAUUGACAAUAAUCUAGAAGUAUUCAUUUCUACACACCCACAUAUAAAUUAUGGUCAUUUUAUCUCCACCAUGCAGAGAAUCUUACCUGUCAUCCAUCACCCAGUUUGCUAGUUACUACAUAUAUGUUUGUACAUUAAUGUAUGUGUAUGCGUUAUUUAUUUUAAGUGCAAUAUGUACCUGUCAGGUACAUGGCUUUGGAUUGUUUGUUUUCAACUGUUAUAGGGUAGAAUUUGAUGAAUUUCUGUACAUGCUUUAUAAAUGUGAAUUAGUUAAGACUAAAAAAUUCUGACGUUAGAAAGUAAUAGUGUUUCAAGUUGAAUUAUGUAUUACAAGUUAAAUCAUGUAUUUUGAGUGUGAAUCAUGCAUACUUGAAUACAAAUUAAUUUUAAAAGAGGUCAGUGGAGCGGUGGUCUAGUGGAUAAGGUGUCAGCCCCACAGUCUAGGGGUUGUGUGUUCGAGCCCCACGGGGUCACGAGCAUGACUCGUCAUAUGACACCAUUACUGGGUUUUCCAGGAAGCGGACUCGAGAGUGUUUCCAUUAAGCUUGAAGCUUUCCUCACAAUUGAGCUAAAACAAACUAGUAUAAACUAAAAGAGGUCAGUAUAGAGUGGCUAUGGUCAGUAUUAUAAUGUCAAAUCUGACUGCAAUGAAUCUUCUUGCCUUUCCCUAAUUGGUACAGUUGUUUACUGUUUCAGUGAAGUACUUAAAUAGGGCUUGAUAUUAUUAAUUAUACUCAGAAAUAUUUAAGAGAUGCACAUCUUUAAAUUUUUCCAAUUCAUUUUGUUGCAUUGUUUUCAUUGGCUAAAGUAGGUCAUGUGUCGCCAUUUUUCAAAUUUUUAUAUAUUAAUGAAACAUUGCGUUUGUUAACAGACAGAAUUAUUAUGACAAUAUUCAAACUUAAAGAAUAAAUCUAUGCUGCCAACAGGAUAUUCCAUGUUCAAAUUAAACAGGGGAGAUAGCCGGUACAAAUAGCAAUCAAAGCAGCCCACUUGAUUCAGAAAAUAAAUACCCACUUCUUGUUUUGAAUCAUCCCAUUUCCGCAGGGGCAAUUUAAAUUCAGGAGAAAUACUUCCAUUAUGACUUCCUUAGAUCCACCGACUAUGGUAAGUAAAUGCUCAAAAAAUGUCUAGGAUAAAAAUUUCUAACAUAAACAUGUCUUUAAACAGGGUUGAAUGGUAUAAAAAUAAUAUUACAUCCAAUUACGUCACCUGUUGGGUAUGAAAUUACUUCAAUUUUUACUUCAGUAGUUCAGUUUUAAGCUCAGUGGAAAUUUUAAGCAUUUAUUUCUAUUGAAAUUUAAUUUCAAUUUGUAAGUGAUUUGGCAAAUGUUAUAAACGUAAAAACCCAGGAAAAAAAACAUACACCUGUUCUGUAAUGGAUAUCCUAUUGAAACAGUUCUGUUUUAAAAUGCAUACUGAAAAUUAAGAAUUUCAGUGUUUGAUAAGCAAAUGUCAAAUAUGAGAACAAAGUUAUGUACACACACCUUUCUGAAGCAUAAACCAUGUCAAGAUACUGAAUAUAAUAUGUACUCUUUCUUUAUUUAGCAGAUUCUUAUUAACCCUUAUGCCGGACACCAUUGAUUCUGCCUUUGCGACCAGUGUAGAUCAUGAUCUAUACUGUUUGCCAUUAAGUCAGUAUCUUUUUGGGAAGCAUCACUUUUAACAGUUCAUGGUACUGUCCAAAUUGUAGGAUGGACAAGUUCAUUAUAGAAAUUUAUCAGGUUAACUUGUGUAGGGAUUUUCAUGUAAACUUUAAGUAUUUAAAUAUUAGAUUCAUCUAAAAUCCUUGAUUAUUCCACCAUAUAGAUUCAUAAAGCAGCUAUAUUUUUUUUUUUUUUUUUUUUUUUGAAGGAAGUGUGUUAUUUAUGCACCAUUUUGCUGAUAGAAUUGAUUGAAUUUCAAGCCUAAUACUGAAGUUAUCUCAAUUUCAGUCUGUCAUUUACUUUCUGCGGAAAAAUUAAUCACAAAUCAGAUAUUUCAUUAACAAGAACCAUGGAGAUUACAUUCCAUAUACCGUACUGCAGAUUACGUGCUCUUGUGUGAUGGUUUUAUUUUCACAAAUGCAAAACAAAAUGUCACAUGCUAAUUCAAACUAUCCAUGAACAUUUUUCUGAACUCAAACAUUCCUAUUUCCUAAAUUCCUAACAUCAUGAAUGAGGCUACUAACUUUAAAAUCGCUGGGGGAAAAGCGUACCUGAGUAUUACCAUAUCUACAGUUUUAAUGAUUAUAGAUAAAUGAAUUUAACCAAAAAUAAUAAUGUUCAUUUGCUGAUUCUACAUUCCAAGAUUAUAAAGGUAUCUCAUAUUAAUUUGAGCCACACCAUGGGAAAAUCAACAUAGUAUGUUUGCGACCAGCAUGGAUCCAGACCAGCUGGCACAUCCAUGCAGUCUGGUCAAGAUCCAUGCUGUUCACUUCCAAAGCUUAUUGCCAUUAGAGAAACCGUUAGCAAACAGCAUGGAUCCUGAUCAGACUACGUGGAUGCGCAGUCUGGUCUGGAUCCAUGCUGGUCGCAAAUGCACUAUGUUGGUUUUCUCAUGGUGCGGCUCAUUUAUUGCUGUGAUUUCAGACUAUUUCUUACAGUUAUCAAAGAGAAAAAGAAAUCCCAAAACUGGUAUGUGAUCUAAAGAAUCCAAUGCUUGUAUCAAGGUGACUCUGAUUGGGAAAAUUGUAAGUUUGUCAAAAAAACCAGCAUAAUUAUCAAUUACAUUCCAGAUAUGUAUAAGAUUUUCUUUUUGUAAAUGUUUGCAAAAUGAUCAUUUUUGUUGUUAAGGAAUUCAAAAAUUGUGAGUAAAUUUUUGAAUGCUAUUGUUAGUAUGUGUGUGAGAAUAUCAAGAUGGUUGAUUUUGCCUCACUUGUUAUAGAUAACCUGUUAUAUGUUGAUGUUUUAAUUGGACAGAUGUUAAACUCCUGUAGAAAUAUUCUGAAGGUCAAAUAAAAUCCCUCAACAAAAUG